AUGUCUUCACUUUCUUCAGUGAAGGUUUUAAAUGUAACCUCGACAUUUUUUCCUCUCCAGCAGACACGGCAUCUCACAUCCAGGCCAUUACAUGUUUCUUCAGGGAGACAUGAGACCUGGAGGACCUCCACUCUCAGUGUGGUUUCCUCCUCAGUAACAGGGUCAUCGGUGGGCAGCUUGCUGUCUUUGGCUCCGGCUCCAGAUCACACCUGUGAUGAGCCUAUUUACACCAAGGGCAUCGAGACUCUGAGUGUGCGAGAAUCCGAUUCUGAUCAUUCAUCGACAGAAUAUCUCCAGAAGUUUCUCGAAGAAGUGUACCAGAGUGUUCUUAAAACCUGCUGUAAUUCUGAUAAACAACUCACGUCCACUCCAGACAGUGAUAUGUCAGUCAAAGUCCAACCCGAGAGUGAGUCACAGCAAAACACAACCGGAGAGAAGACGGAGUCUCUGAGAGUGAAGAGCUCCCCUGCCAGAAUCUCUGCCACUAACCGACUCAUUCACAGCAGGGAAGCCAUAUUGGGUGUGAAAAAGGCGUCUUUUGUGGACAUAGCAGAAGAGUUAACACUUAAUUUAUCUGAUGCUCUAAAUCGCUGUGCCAAGAAGAGAUGGGAUUUUGGGGCCAAGAGAUACGGAUCUCUUUGUAACAUGCUAUCCCGAGGACGAACCUGUUCUGCUGUGACCUCCAAAACCUCUGUGGUCUCUCCAGCAGUGCCAGACUCCAACAUCCCAAACAGCACUGAGGAUCCAUACAGCACUCAGUGGCUCUCAGCGUUGCUCAGUAAUCUGGCUCCCGUCAAACACUCAGACGGGAGGGUGGCACGUUUGUUAGAGAAGCUGAGUCGAUUUACAGAAGGCCACACACUGCAGCUUCACCCACACAACUUCUUGAAGAUCUUAAACUCCCUCCAGCCGUGGGAGCUCUGCUGUCCUGAUCUGUGUGUGGCUAUAGAGAUAGUGAGGCUGAAUGUGGUAAAGAUGCCCAAAGCAGAGUACGACUUGUGGUUAUACAACAGAGUCAGCCAAUCACAGACCACCAGGAGUGCUACACACAACCUGUAAUCCAUUCUCUCUUUUGCCUUUUUGCAUUUUUUAAAGCUGUGAUUUCAGUAA